AUGGGGUCAAACACACUUGGGAAGGCUGCAACAUUAGAUGAGCUUUUGAAUGCUUGUAUUGAAAUGUUUGAUGACAAAGGAAAUCGGUGCGCCAGCCAUUUGCCAAGAACCUUUCUUUUAAUGCACCGGUGGUAUCUGCCUUCCACAGAGCUGGCUGGCAAACUUCUAUCCACGUACAGAGAUGCCAAUGGGGACAACUGCAAUGAAUUCAGACUGAAAAUCUGCUAUUUCAUGAGAUACUGGAUUUUGGAAUUUCCUGCGGAGUUUAACUUGGAUCUUGGGCUGAUUCGUUUGACUGAAGAGUUUCGAGAAGUAGCCAGCCAGCUUGGAUAUGAGGAUCACAUCCAUCUCAUUGAUAUCUCCAGCAUUCCUUCCUAUGACUGGAUGAGAAGAGUUACACAGAGGAAGAGGAUUUCCAAGAAAGGAAAAGCCUGUCUACUGUUCGACCAUCUGGAACCCAUUGAGCUAGCUGAACAUCUCACUUUUCUGGAGCAUAAAUCUUUCAGAAGAAUUUCUUUCACAGACUACCAGAGCUAUGUGAUUCAUGGCUGCUUGGAGAACAAUCCUACUUUGGAGAGAUCUAUUGCUUUAUUUAAUGGUAUCUCCAAAUGGGUCCAGCUCAUGGUUCUCAGCAAACCAACACCCCAGCAAAGGGCAGAAGUAAUCACGAAGUUUAUCAAUGUUGCACAGAAGCUCCUUCACCUCCAGAACUUCAACACAUUGAUGGCAGUUGUUGGAGGUCUAAGCCACAGUUCUAUUUCCCGCCUGAAAGAAACACAUUCUCAUCUGGCUUCAGAAGUCACAAAGGACUGGAACGAAAUGACAGAGCUGGUCUCUUCCAAUGGAAACUACUGCAGCUACCGCAAGGCUUUUGCUGACUGUCUUGGCUUCAAAAUUCCUAUUUUAGGAGUUCAUUUGAAAGACUUGAUUGCUGUCCAUGUCAUUUUUCCUGACUGGAUAGAUGAGAACAAAGUUAACAUAGUGAAAAUGCAACAGCUUUCCAUCACCUUGAGUGAACUGGUUUCCCUGCAAACUGCCUCUCAUCAUUUAGAGCCUAAUAUGGAUUUAAUUAACCUCCUAACUCUGUCCUUGGACCUCUAUCACACUGAGGAUGACAUCUACAAGCUGUCGCUGGUGCUGGAACCAAGGAACUCAAAAUCUCAGCCUACCUCCCCAACGACCCCUAACAAGCCAGUAGUGCCACUGGAGUGGGCAUCUGGAGUGGUACCAAAACCUGAUCCUACUGUCAUUAACAAGCACAUUAGAAAACUAGUGGAUUCUGUCUUUAGAAACUAUGAUCAUGACCAUGAUGGCUAUAUUUCUCAGGAAGACUUUGAAAGUAUAGCUGCUAACUUCCCCUUUUUGGACUCUUUCUGUGUGCUGGACAAAGAUCAAGAUGGUCUUAUAAGCAAAGAAGAAAUGAUGGCUUACUUUCUGAGAGCUAAAUCACAGUUUCAGUGUAAAAUGGGACCAGGGUUUAUUCAUAACUUUCAGGAGAUGACAUAUCUUAAGCCAACUUUCUGUGAGCACUGUGCAGGAUUUCUCUGGGGUAUAAUCAAACAAGGCUACAAAUGCAAAGACUGUGGUGCCAACUGUCAUAAGCAAUGCAGAGACCUGCUUGUGCUUGCCUGCAGGAAAUUUUCCAGAGGAACCUCAGUAGGCAGCAACCAUGGCUCUCUGCCUAGCAGCCCAUCUCUGCCUCCAGUCCAAGAUGAAAUAUUUGAAUUUCCCAGUGUUGGUGCAGAACACCAGGACCUUGAUGGCAGAGCUAUCACCCUUGUCACUGGCUCUUCGCGGAAAAUUUCAGUGCGGCUGCAGAGGGCGACCACUAGCCAAGCAACGCAGACAGAACCACUCUGGCAUGAGCCAGGCUGGAAUGAUUCAGGUUCCCAUACUUUCCCCAAAAUGAAGUCUAAAUUCCAUGGCAAAGCUGGGAAGAACAAAGGCUUUGCAAAAUGGGAGAAUGAGAAGCCUGGUGUACAAGCUGAUACAGAGCUAGAAGCAGAGACCCCACAACACUUACAGGAUCACAAUGGAAUAGAAACCCUCCUAGAAAGACAAGAAUCUGAGGACAGCUGA